GUCCCUAAUUUGUAAAAAUAUUAACGCUGACCAAAUAUACCCCUUCUCGUCAAAAAUUGGUUAAAAUUCCUUGUUCAACACCCUUUAUUUUUUCCUUUGCUUUCUCUUCAAUUCAUUCUCUCUCUACAAUUCUGUUGAUUAUUUGAGAUUGGGGCUUUUAUUCCUCAGAUUUUGAUUUCAUUUUGAAGAUUUCGAUAAUGGCUGGUCGUUACGAUCCAAACCCUUUUGAAGAAGAAGAAGUCAAUCCCUUCUCUGAACAGGAAAGGAAGGCCAAAGCUUCAGGCCAAUCGAACUUCUCUGGAGGAGCCUUUUAUAUGCCUAAUCCUGGAAGUGUUCCUCCAGCCUCAAAUUCAAGGCUUUCACCUCUUCCACCCGAGCCUGCUGACUUUUACAAUCCUACUGCAACAGUUGAUAUUCCCCUUGAUUCUGGAAAGGAUUUGAAGAAGAAAGAGAAAGAACUUCAGGCAAAAGAGGCUGAAUUGAGAAAGAGAGAAGAGGUGCUGAAACGGAAGGAAGAUGCCGCACAACGAGCUGGAAUUGUUAUCGAGGACAAGAAUUGGCCUCCAUUUUUCCCAAUUAUCCAUCACGAUAUUGGAAAUGAGAUACCAAUUCAUCUGCAGAAGUUACAGUACACAGCUUUUGCAACUCUGCUAGGUUUGACACUGUGUCUCACCUGGAACAUUGUAGCAGUUACUACAGCUUGGAUUAAGGGUGGUGAUGCAACUAUAUGGUUUCUUGCUAUUAUCUACUUUAUAUCGGGUGUCCCUGGUGCUUAUGUGUUGUGGUAUCGUCCACUUUACCGGGCCUUCAGGACUGAAAGUGCCAUGAACUUUGGAUGGUUCUUCUUGUUUUAUCUGAUUCACGUUGGCUUCUGUAUUUUUUCUGCUGUUGCUCCUCCUAUCGUCUUUAAAGGGAAAUCCCUCGCAGGAAUCCUUCCAGCCAUAGAUCUUAUUAGCAAGAAUGCCUUGGUUGGGAUUUUCUACUUCAUUGGAUUUGGACUAUUCUGCCUUGAGUCGGUAAUCAGCGUAUGGGUUCUUCAGCAAGUAUACAUGUAUUUCCGAGGCAGUGGCAAGGCAGCACAGAUGAGGCAGGAGGCUGCAAGAGGCGCUAUGAGAGCCGCAUUUUGAUUCCAUCCAAUGACUGCUGGGUGCUGAUUCAGGAUAGUAACUCCUUGUGUAUGGUAGAGAACGAAAACCAUCUUUCAGCUGCACAUUUCAUACGUGUUAUAUAUAUCAUUGUUCCUUUAUUUGUUUUUCACAUUUUUCAUAUUAGUGGAUUGUGAGAGGGUUGUUUUUUCAUAAAGGUUGUAGGUACAUUAAUUCUGAUUUGCAUAUUCUAUAGAUGAUUUUUUAAAGUUAUCGCGUAUUUAACUGCAAUGUGUACAGUAAUUUUGUUUAAUUUAUGGUACUGGCUGCAAUGUACUCGGUACGUGUACAUAUACUUUUUUUUGA